ACAAAAGCAAUUUUCGAAGAAUUGUGGCCGGAUCGUGAUUUCUUCCCUGCCGUAGCUGAGGAGAAUGCUGAGGAAGAGGACGACAUCGGCUACAAUUCAGUGGCGACUGAAUCUGAACUACGGCAAUCUGAGGAUAAUGUUAAUGCAGUCCCAGAACAGAGUUCUACAGCGGCGAAUGUGGCAUUUUAG